CCCUUCUUCUCUUCAACAUAACAUUCCUUUCGCCUCCGACCGACCUACGACUACCUCUACAAGAAUAUGAUCGUGGCCGUGUCGCUUCUUGCGAUAUCACUGUCACUACUGAUCUAUCAUCACCCUCCUUCGACAUGGACUUCAUUAUUCCUACCGCAAGUUGACGACAAACGCCCCGCAUCGCCCCCGUCGAACAUAACCCCAGCGGACGAUGAUACUAAAGAGCCCACAACCGUUGACAAUGAGAGGAGGCCCGAUACCCUGGUACCACCAGAUGUGAAGUCCGAAACAAAGUCUUCGCCGGACACAACUCCCAAAGCUGUCGCUAGCGAUCCUCCUAAUGGCGAACCGGUUCCGACGUUCACUCUUGCCGGGCACGAGACCUCCGAUGACGAGGACGACGAGGAAGAUCUACCUCCGCCAUCUUUCCCAGCGCUGAACUCUGCACAACGAGCAUCUAGACCAAACGUAGCCCUCGCACAUCCUUCAGCACCUACACUCAUGGCUCCUCCAGCCAAACCAACAGCUACAUCCUCCCUUAUGCCACCUCCGAGUCUCAAAGCUUCGAACCUUCGCGCACUCCCUACGAACUCCCAGUCCUCCUCGCUUCGCAUUCCCACCACAGGCCCGCUCCCCAAUCGAGGCCCCGUGCCAAAUCGAAAUCCAUCUUCAUCUCUGGGCGUUGCUUCUUUCUCCAGCCUCAGCAACUCCAGCAUCAAGCCGCCCAACGCGCGCAACAAGGUCCAACUCACACCGGGACAUUCACCACUCGACUGGGCGAACUUGCAACGCUCCGGCACAAACCUAUCAGGAGUUUCGUCCCUCCAGCGCGUCACCCCCUCGAUGCUGAAGCACAACAACGGUAGAAAGGGAAAGCCUGCCUGGUCGAGCUAUCAAGGCAAGGUCUACAACAUCACCCCGUACUUGCCCUUUCAUCCAGGAGGGGAGGGAGAACUCAGACGAGUGGCGGGCAAGGACGGCGCGAAGCUGUUUAUGGAGGUGCACCCCUGGGUGAAUUGGGAUAACAUGCUGGGCGAGUGCGUCGUCGGAGUGAUGGUUAGCGAGGAACAAGCACCGGCAAACGUGACGAGCAGUCUAGAGGAAAUGGACUGAUGAAUUAGAUACCCCCAUAGAUCAAGGUUGCAUUGGAAAGGCGUUACCAUUCGGCUGAUAUAGUGCUGAUAUCUGGUGUUUUAGACAAUUCUUGUUCAAGUAAGAGCAAUCAUCUCCAUAACUUUACUUCAAGUCGUUUUCAAUUCAAUUAGACAAGCAAAUUUCCAAAAGAUACCAUAGGCUAUUGUCAAUGAUACACCUUGUCCAAC